AUGGCGGCACGGAGCAUCUCGAAACGCAUCGCCGGAGGACGUUGGUAUGCUGGUCUCCUUCUCCGUCAACGAUGCAGGUGGCAGCUUGCGGGCGUUCGCUGCGCGAGCACCCUUACAGAAGUGGCACAGUCAGAGAAGGAGAACAGCGCACCACGAAGAUUGGCCACACCGCCAAGAGGUUUUCGGCGGAUGACUCUUCGGGACUUUGACAUCCCGAUCGAAAACAAGCCAGCCGUGGAUCUCGCGAAGCAAGCCGAGGAGGAGCCGGACGAGGAUGGACCGGUAAGGAUCUCGGAGAUCACGGGCCAGGAAGUCCAGAGCCUGUGGCCUCCGACGCCCUUGAUCGACAUGAAGAGCAGAGACAAGCUCAUGGAGUCGCUGGACCAGAACGAGCUCAUGGAAAAGGUGGACGAAGAGGAGCGCCGUGAAGUUGCGAGGCCAUUCUUGUGGCUACAACACGAGGAGCAGGAUUUCGUUGGCAACGAAGAUGUUGGCAGAUUCGUCAAGAUCGCCCGCGAUGACCUGCUUGAGCAUUUGCCGGAAGGAGGCUGUGGUGAGUUGUCGCGCGAUUUGACUUUGAUCCCUGACCGCACGCGGGACGUGGGUCUGAUGGUCAGGAAGCUGUCGAUUGAGCUCAUCUCACAGCUGUCCGAGCUGCAGCACGCGACGGAUGCGGAGGGUCGGCCCAGAAUUCGAAAGGCUGGCUUCCUGCUUGACGGCCACAAGGGGACCGGGAAGAGCCAAGUCUUGAACCUGCUCACCAUGUGGGCACGCAAGAACGGUUGGCUGGUGGUUCUGGAGCCAACGCCGGGACGGUAUGCACGGGAGAUCGCGGAGAUCAAGCGAUCGAACAACGGGGUCUACAUCCAGUCCGAGUUCGCUCAGCAAUUCUUGGAAGCCUUGUCGCUUGCAAACCGUCACAUGCUGGAGGAGAUUCCGGUUGACACCACGGCCUACGGGUCCAGGGGGAUCGAUGGUGAAUCACAACAGGCGCAUCACGAAAGUUCCGGUCAUCGCAUCACUUUAACAUGCGGCUAA